UAGUCGCUUCUCCCUGCUAGACCAUGACAUCAGCCAGGACACCCAGUGAUGCUGCUGAUAGUAAACUCAGAGCAUGAGGAGGGUCCUGCUAGCUAAAAGUUAAUUAGUUCAACACAGAACUUGGGGGGAGCAGUUGGUUUCUGUGGAGGGUCAGUGCUGGAUGGGACCAAAACUUUUAAAGUCACUUGCUGCUUUCUGCAAACCCAGCUAUAAAAGCACCCAGAGACUCCAGGAGGGUCGGAUGAAUUCUGGUUCACUAACUGUGGUCUGCUUGUCUCCUUGGAGCAAGUUAAUGGUUUAAGUGAGGGGGCUUCUGGAACGGUUCACAGAGAAUCACCAUGACACUUCUUGGUACUGAGCAUUCUUUGCUGAUUCGGAGCAAGUUCAGAUCAGUUUUACAGUUACGGCUUCAGCAGAGAAGAACCCGAGAGCAGCUGGCGGACCAGGGCAUCAUGCCACCACUAAAAAGUCCAUCUGCAUUCCAUGAACAAAGGAGAAGCCUGGAGAGAGCCAAGACUGAAGAUUAUUUAAAGCACAAGAUCAGAAGCAGGCCUCAGCGAACAGACCUGGUUAAUAUGCACAUUUUACAAGACUCAGCUGCGGAGGGGUCCAUUCAAUCUACCCAGAUGAAGCUGAAAAGAGCCCGACUUGCAGAUGACUUGAAUGAAAAAAUUGCUCUCAGGCCAGGUCCCUUGGAGCUGGUGGAAAAGAAUAUUAUUCCUGUUGACUCUGCUGUGAAAGAGGCCAUAAAAGGAACCCAGGUGAGCUUCUCUAAAUCAUCUGAUGCCUUUGCCUUUGAAGAGGAUAGUAGCAAUGAUGACUUGUCCCCCGAGCAGGCCAGAGGUGAAGAAUCCCAAGGCUCCACAGAGUCAGCAGCAGGCACUAAAAGCUCAGAGCCAAUUUCCUCUGCCACAUCAGGAACAACUCAGUUACAGGUUCAUACCCAUGGCUCUGAAAACAAUGUGACUGAUUUGACUUCAGUGCAAAGUAGCCAGUGUGAAAGCCCAAAGCAGGUGCAUAACCAACUUCCAGUGCCCACGGCAGUAAAGUCAAAGUCUUCUGGUGAUAGCAAGAACCGCCACAAAAAGCCCAAGGAUACCAAGCCAAAAGUGAAGAAGCUGAAGUAUCACCAGUACAUCCCACCUGACCAGAAGGCUGAGAAAUCUCCUCCUCCCAUGGACUCAGCCUAUGCCAGACUCCUCCAGCAGCAGCAGCUCUUUCUGCAGCUGCAAAUCCUCAGCCAACAGCAGCAGCAGCAGCACUUCAGCUAUCAAGGAAUCCACCAAGCUCAGCUUAAGCAUUCAAGUGAACAAAUGGUCAAAAGCUCAAACUCUUCAUCAACUCCUGUGAACAAUACCCCUCUUUCUUCAGUGAAAACUACUUUUUCAGGACAGAGCUGUGUGUCUUCUAUGAAACCAGGCCCUCUGCCUUCUAACCUGGAUGAUCUGAAGGUGUCAGAACUGAGGCAGCAGCUCAGAAUAAGAGGUCUCCCUGUAUCUGGCACGAAAACAGCACUAAUGGAGCGUCUGAGACCCUUUCAGGAAAGCAGUGGCAACACAGUGCCAAACUUCAGUGAAAUAACAACUGUCACCUUUCCAGUCACCCCAACAAACACCCUGUCAAGCUACCAGUCACAGUCAUCAGCCAGCAUGUUAUCCAAUGGCUUCUAUCACUUCGGGAGCACCAGCUCUACCCCACCUAUCUCCCCAGCAUCUUCUGACCUCUCUGUUAGUGGCUCUUUGCCAGACACAUUCAACGAUGGACCGAUGUCUUCUCCACAGUUUGGUCUUCAACCGUCCCCUGUGCAUGGCAGUACUGAGGAAAGCCUCAUGAGCAGCAUGAAUGGAGGGAGCAUCCAGCUGGAGCUAGAAGGGCUUGAUACGGAAAAAGACAAAAUGCUGGUAGAAAAGCAGAAAGUCAUUAAUGAACUUACAUGGAAGCUACAACAAGAGCAGAGGCAGGUGGAAGAGCUGCGGAUGCAACUCCAGAAACGGAAAAGAACCAGUGGCCUUGAGGAGAAGCAUUCCCCACCACAGCAUUUCUUUGCAGCUCCCAUCAAGCAAGAAAAUGCAGUAGCUAGUUGUCCAUUUGCAUCAAAACAAACUGCCUUGAUUGACCAAGCCAGUCAUUCAAAUAAAUUAAGUGACUGUGGGGUGCCGCAGCUGCCUCACAUUGUAAAUAGUCAUUGCAUGGAGUCAGCAGGCCAGAGUGCCAUCACAUCCUCCACAUUCCUCAGCCCACAGUGCUCUCCCCAGCACUCUCCACUUGGGCCUGCAAAGAGCCCAAAGCAUAUCAGCCUGCCACCAUCACCAAAUAGCCAUUCCCUUCUCUCAGUUUCCCCUGGCUCUCAGGGCGAAGGUCGCAGUGUCUCCCCACAAGCCAGCAGUUGCCUCCGCACAGCUCCGGCUACACAGGCAGGUCAAAAGUUUUCUAUUCCAUCCCCAAGUUUUUGUAAGUCAAGUCCAGGCCUCUCGGAGGUAAAGCAGCCUCCAUCCUAUGAGGAUGCAAUAAAGCAGCAGAUGACUCGAAGUCAGCAGAUGGAUGAGCUCCUGGAUGUGCUCAUUGAAAGUGGAGAAAUGCCAGCCAAUGCCAAAGAAGAUCGUUCUUGUCUUCAGAAAGUACCUCAGAUCACGAUGUCUUCAGGAAAUACCAGCACUUCACUCCCAAAGUCAUCAGCUGCCUUUGAACAAGUUUCCUCAUCCCAGCUCUCAUUUGACCACUGUCCGGGUAGCAGUGACACACACCUUGAAGUCUUACUCAAUUCCCACAGUCCCCUGGGAAGAGUCAGCGAUAUCACCCUCCUGAAAAUGGGUGGUGAGGAGUCGCACUUUGAAGGGAUGAUUGAAGGAUUUUCCAGCAAAGCCGCAGAUGAACUGUUGACAUCCCAGGAGAUUUUACAGACUCCCCUCUCACCCAUGGAGACCCAAUUGUCACCUACUUCUACUGAAGGAUCCGGUUUACAAAUGAGCUUCACUGAAUCUCCUUGGGAAACAAUGGAAUGGCUGGAUCUCACCCCACCAAGCUCAACUACUGCCUUUGGUUCUCUCACCACUGCUGGCCCAAGCAUCUUCAAUAUAGAUUUCUUAGAUGUUACUGAUCUCAAUUUAAAUACCACCAUGGACCUUCACUUACAGCAGUGGUGAAAGGAGAUGGCAAUAGA